AUGGACAAUGCGCACCCCAAAUCCCGCAGGCGCGAUCCUCGCUCUCAGUCGCCUGUCGAAUCAUCGGCCGAUGAACUAGCCGCGGGCUCUGAACACGACGAGGCCGAGCGCCGGAGAGCAAGCUGGAACGCGCAGAAGAAUUUCACCCCGCAACGCCCAAAUACGAAAGAACGUCGAUACAGAGAGACCGAGAGCCCUGAUGAACUCGCCAUUAAUGCCGACGAAUACUGGCGCAGUUCCCGCAACCGUCGCAGCCCUUCACCUAUCAAUCGCGGGGGGGAGCUAAGUAGCCGAGAGGGACGGUCUCAGGAUGAGUCGGCUAGCCCAGGCGGUGAUCGGACGAGCAACGAGGGUGCGGAUCAUGCUGCGAACCACGAUGGCAGCAUGUCAGACCGCGACAGUGACUCAUUACCUUCUGUGGCGGGCCCGCCUCCGAAGCCUGAACACUUGAACUACAGAGAGAAGUUUGUCCUUCGCGGGCACUUGCGCGGCGUGUCCGCGGUGCAAUUCUCGCCGGACUGCUCUAUGAUUGCCAGUGCCGGUGCCGAUGCCGCUGUCAAGGUCUGGGAUACAGCGACUGGUCGACUGAUUUAUACAUUCGAGGGCCAUCUGGCUGGUAUUUCCACAAUUGCUUGGAGUCCCGAUGGCCAAUGGAUAGCCUCUGGAUCUGAUGAUAAGACGAUUCGCUUCUGGAACGUGACUACGGGUCGAGCUCAUACCAAGAAUUUUAUCGGCCACCACAAUUACGUCUACCAAAUGGCAUUCACGCCCAAGGGUAACAUUCUGGUCAGCGGGUCCUACGACGAAGCCGUCUUCAUGUGGGAUGUCCGUCGCGCCCGCGUUAUGCGCUCCCUCCCCGCCCACUCCGACCCCGUCGCCGGCAUCGAUGUCGUCCAUGACGGUACCCUGAUCGUGUCAUGUGGACUGGACGGUCUCGUUCGUGUUUGGGACACACACAGUGGUCAGUGUCUGCGGACACUGGUUUACGAAGACAGCCCACCCGCCACCUGUGUCAAGUUCUCGCCUAAUGGUAAGUACAUUUUGGCGUGGACACUUGAUGGUUGCGUGCGGAUGUGGAACUACGUGGAGGGUCGCGUUGUCAAGACUUUCCAAGGUCAUGUCAAUGUCAAAUACAGUCUAUCUGGAUGCUUUGGGUUUUACGGCCAACCCGGUGUGGAAUACUCGCCUCCUCUGUCCUUCGCUGUCAGUGGAAGUGAAGACGGGGCCAUUCUUUGCUGGGACCUUGUAAGCAAGAAUGUUCUCCAGCGUAUCGAGGGUCAUACCGAUGUCGUCCUUGGCGUGCACUCUGGCAAAUUGAAUGGUCAGCGCCUGCUUGUUAGCUGCGGCUUGGAUAAGACGGUUCGGGUGUGGGAGGAGGUUCUCGAGAAUCAGGGGCAGGAUGCUUCACCUGCUGAAUUUGCAUCUUUCACCGAACCCAUGCAAAAUGGUGUCUCGGAGAACGAUGGAGAUGGAGAUGAUGCAAUGGCCGAUGCUCCUCCCGUUCCGUCUGCUGCAACCACGCCUGCGGGGGAUGUUAUGAUGACAUGA